AUGGAUCAGAACUUACUCUUGGGUUCGGUUUGGAAAAAUUUAUGCCCUCCGAAGGUGGAAAUAUUGGCUUGGAUGGUUAUUCAGGAAAUGGUGGCAACGAGGUCGGUUCUAGUCAGUAAGAAUAUUGUGCUGAAUGAUCAGUCAUGCCCGUUGUGCUCACUGCAUCAGGAAACGCCUAAUCACUUAUUCCUCCAUUGUAAGUUUUCCUGGUCCGUUUGGUCUCAAAUUCUGGAUUGGUGGCAUUUUUUUUGGGUUUGCCCUUCCUCGAUAGCUGGUAUGGCGAGUUGGUGGUUUGAUACCAGUUUCCGCAACCUAGAAAAACACAUUUGGGAAGCUUGCUUCUAUGCGACAAUCUGGUCAAUUUGGAUUAUGCGGAACAAGCUUGUUUUUCAGAAUGUGACGAUCAGCUUAGAGGAGGUAGUGGAUUUAAUCAAGUACAGAGUGGCAAUGUGGAUGAAAGUUUUUUGUGAGAUUAAGGUGUAUUCGAUCGAGGAGUUCAAAGGAUUCUUAGAUGGUAUUCGUUUGUUGAAACUGUAA